CAGAUCUGCAGGGUGAGAUGGGAUGGGGCUUCGUGGUAGUGUUACUGACUGUUGCAGUGGUUUGUGGGAGGGCAAAUUCGAUUGGAGCGAACUGGGGCACGCAGGCGUCGCACCCUCUUCCUCCUGACACAGUGGUGCGGAUGCUGAGAGAGAACGGUAUUCAGAAAGUGAAACUCUUCGACGCCGAGUACGACACUCUCAGGGCUCUGGGUAAAUCCGGAAUCGAAGUUAUGGUCGGUAUUCCCAAUGAGAUGCUGUCCACUCUCGCCUCCAGCCUCAAAGCCGCUGAGAAAUGGGUUGCUAAAAAUGUUUCUACUCACAUCUCAACUAACAACGUCAACAUCAGAUACGUUGCUGUUGGCAAUGAACCUUUCCUGUCAAGUUACAACGGGAGCUAUCUCAACACCACUUUCCCUGCGCUGAGAAACAUCCAAACCGCGUUAACAAAAGCGGAUCUUCAGAACCAAGUGAAGGUCACUUGUCCCCUGAACGCUGAUGUCUACGAGACCUCCACCACACUCCCAUCCGGAGGCGACUUCAGAGCCGAUAUCCGUGAUCUCAUGAUCACAAUCGUCAAGUUCUUGAGCGAAAAUGGCUGUCCCUUCACCGUUAACAUCUAUCCAUUCAUCAGUCUCUACAACGACGACAAGUUCCCGUUGGAUUACGCCUUCUUCGACGGCGGCGUUUCGAAGCCCGUGAGCGAUGGUGGGACUCUCUACAGCAACGAGUUCGAUGCGAACUACGACACUCUAGUCCACGCCCUGGAGAAGAAUGGCUUUGGAAACAUGCAGAUCAUAGUUGGUGAGAUCGGAUGGCCUACCGGUGGGGACAAGAACGCCAACGUGGAGAACGCUAAGAAGUUCAACCAAGGCUUCGUGGAUCACAUCUCAGGUGGGAAAGGGACUCCAAAGAGGCCUGAACCCAUCGACGCGUACCUCUUCAGCCUCAUAGACGAAGAUGCCAAAAGUAUUCAGCCUGGAUACUUCGAGCGACACUGGGGGAUAUUCACGUAUGACGGGUUACCAAAAUACGCCUUGAACUUGGGAACAACCAACACGGGAGCUUUGAUCCAGGCCAAAGAGGUGAACUAUGAAAUGAAGAAGUGGUGUGUGAUGAAGCCAAACGUGAGGCUGGAUGACCCGCAGGUGGCAGCUAGCGUGAGCUUGGCGUGUAGCCGCGGGGACUGCAGUGGUCUUGGGGUUGGGACGUCGUGCGGAAAACUUGACGGGAAGGAUAACGUAUCGUACGCGUUCAACAGUUACUACCAGAUACACGACCAGGAGGAUAAAGCAUGUAAGUUUUCAGGCAUAUCGGAGGUGACCAAGACGGAUCCCUCGACUGGAACGUGCAGGUUUCCGAUUAUGAUACUGCCUUAUUACGGUGGGGCUGCUAGUCACGGACAAGUGUUCUUCUUGCCACUGCUGAUGGCCGCAGCCAUAGCCAUGCUCUCUAUUUUCUGAUGGUUUCUUGUCAAUUUUAUUGUAACUUCUAUGUGUGUGUGAUGUGGCUUUCUUUGUGUGUAUGAUGUGGCUUUCUUCUUCUUCUUUUGCUUGGAUUCCAGUUUCUCCCUUACAAGACCAAUAAUGUAUAAGUGACCCUAAGAUGCAAGGAUCUUGUUUUGAGUUUUAGCACAUUUGAUAUC